UACCUCCGCUCUCGUCCAGGCAGAGGUGUUUGUACUACGCGCCGGUGACUGGUCACCCGCUGUCCUUACGCUCCUCCGUCAGAUGUAUAAAGGAGAAGGCAACAUGACAGUCCGUUGAUUGUGCCAAGAAGAUGCUCGUCACUCUGUUGCUGGCGUUGUCUACAGCCAGCGGAGCUGUAGCUGACCUUUACGUGACUGAGACAUCACCUCGCACAGAACUCGCCGUAGCCGUUGCGCCGGUGCCAUCCCCCACAGCGUCUCAUCAUCUUCCCGAAGAGCGCAGUGAUGCUGGGAUAGCCUUAGCUCGAUCCGCGGACUCAUAUGAGUCAGCUGCGACCACUGAUCGCGGCGAAUUGUCUCACCACGGUGGAGGAUACAAAAUUGUUCAGUGGGAAUGGAGCUACGUACAGACACCUUAUAUUAUCGCCAUAUGGAUCCUGGUGGCCAGUGUCGCGAAAAUACUGUUCCACUUCUCCCAGCGCGUCACCACCGUGGUUCCCGAGAGCUGCCUGCUCAUCCUGCUGGGCCUGGUCCUGGGUGGCAUCGUCCUCGUCGCCAACAAGAAGCAGCUGUACCAGCUGGAGCCCGGCCUCUUCUUCCUCUUCCUGCUGCCCACCAUCGUCGGGGAUGCCGGCUACUUCAUGCCCAGCAGGCUGUUCUUCGACAACCUGGGCGCCAUCCUCAUGUACGCCGUGGUGGGCACCCUGUGGAACGCCUUCUGCACGGGCUUCUGUCUGUAUGGGGCGAAGCUGGCAGGAAUAAUCGAUGAAAAGGUGGAAGGGGGGAUGAUGGAGUUCUUGCUGUUCGGGGCACUGAUCUCGGCGGUGGACCCCGUGGCGGUGCUGGCCGUGUUCGAGGAGGUUCACGUCAACGAGACGCUCUUCAUCAUCGUCUUUGGCGAGUCACUGCUCAACGAUGCUGUCACGGUGGUCUUAUAUAAAGUUUACAUCUCAUUCGUGGAGGUGGGGCCAGGGAACAUUCACACGGCAGAUUAUUUCAAAGGAAUUGCCUCCUUCCUCAUCGUCAGCGUUGGGGGGACGAUAGUAGGCCUGAUCUUCGCCUUCAUCCUGGCCUUCGCCACGCGUUUCACCAAAAAGGUGCGCAUCAUCGAGCCGCUCUUCGUGUUCCUGCUGGUCUACCUGGCCUACCUGACGGCCGAGCUGCUCUCUCUGUCGGCGAUCCUCUCCAUGACCUUCUGUGGCAUCGGCUGCAAUAAGUACGUGGAGGCAAACAUCUCCCAGAAGUCCCGUACCACUGUCAAGUACACCAUGAAGACUUUGGCCAGCAUCGCGGAGACCAUCAUCUUCAUCUUCCUGGGGAUCUCCGCCGUGGAUAAGACUAAGUGGGCCUGGGACACAGGCCUGGUCGUCUGUACGCUCAUCUUCAUCUUGUUCUUCAGAGCCGUGGGUGUUGUCAUGCAGACCUGGGUGUUGAAUUGGUUCAGACUUGUUCCUCUCGACAAGAUUGACCAGGUGGUGAUGUCGUAUGGGGGCCUGAGAGGAGCAGUUGCAUUUGCCUUGGUUAUAUUGCUUAAAGUUGAGCACGUGAAAGCAAAGGAUUACUUUGUGGCAACCACGAUCAUCGUCGUGUUCUUCACGGUCAUGUUUCAGGGCCUGACCAUCAAGCCGCUGGUGAAGUGGCUGAAGGUGCCGCGCAGCACCAACCGGAAGCCCACCAUCAACGAGGAGAUCCACGAGAGGGCGUUUGACCACAUCCUGACUGCAGUGGAGGACAUCGCUGGGCUGAAUGGCUACCACCACUGGAGAGACAAGUGGGAGCAGUUUGACAAGAACUACCUGAGUAAACUUCUGAUGCGGAAGUCUGUGUACCACAAAGGGGAGCUCUGGGAGGUGUACCAGAAGAUGAACAUCAGGGAUGCCAUCAGUCUCAUUGAUCAGGGGGGCAAUGUGCUGUCCUCUGCCAGGCUGUCUCUGCCGUCCAUGGCCAGCAGGACGUCUUUUUCAGAUGUCACCAACGUCUCCAACUACCUACGGGGGAAUGAGAGCGGAGUGUGCCUGGACCUGCAGGUCAUCGACAUGGUGCCGAGUGGGAAGGUGCAGGAGGAGACAGAGACACACCAUCUCCUCACCGGGAACCUGUACAAGCCUCGGCGACGGUACCAGGCACACUACAGCCGUCACUUCGUGAUGGUGGGGGACCGGGAGAGGCAGGACCGGGAGGUGUUCCAGAGGAACAUGCGCAGCCGCCUCGAGUCCUUCAAGUCCACCCGCCACAAGGGCAAAGGGCGCCACAAGAAGGACCGCAGCCAGAAAAAGCGCAAGGGUUCAGAUGCCAAGGAGCAAGACGUCAACGGCAAACCAAGAAGAAAUGUCAGCUGGCAAGACAGCGUUCCGGUGGUCCCAACCGCAGAAUCAGAGGAAGAUAAAAGUGAAAACUCUGACCCUGAGAGAGAAGAGGAUGUGGGCAUCACCUUUGUGGCUCGCAAAGCAGAAGAAAUCUCAAGGGAGGAAGCGAAACCAGCCUCACCUGCGCUGGAGGUGUGUCAGAGCCCCUCCGUCAUGCCCCCGUCUCCCACCUGCGCAGAAAAGCACCUACCCUGGAAGGGGGGUGGGGGCACUCUCCCCGUCUGCGUCUCCAUGGAGACCACCAAGAUCAUUCCCAUCGACCUUCAGCAGGCCUGGAACCAGAGCAUCUCGUCCCUGGAGAGCCUGGCGUCCCCCCCCGCGCCCGCCGAGCCGCAGCACCCGCGGGUGGCGGCCAUAUUCAGGCAGGAGGGGGUGUGGGCGGGGGGAGGCGCGCCCGUGCUCAGCGCCCGCUUCCAGUUCCCGGGCGAGGAGGAGGAGGAGGACGGCCAGUCUCUGCAGCAGCAGGAGGCGCAGCCUCUCAUGAGCUCCGGAAGACCUCCACCGCAUCCUCCUGCUCCUCCUCCUCCCGCCUCUCAGGGUGCGGGGAGGAGACCCCCCGCGUUUAACAGGAACCCCCGCGGGUAUCUGAGGGGCCUGGUGACAGCGCCCCCUCCUGGCAGUGCGCUGCGCAGCAGAGGACCCACACAACUGUAGUUUACUGAAGCUGCAGAGCGCACGAAGGCCCUGUCUGCAUCACACUCACACCUGUGUCUGCCUGGCUCAGUCUUAUUCCUCCAAAAGGUGGCACGUGUCUACAACAGUCAUGGCCUAACAUACCAUCAUAUUAUGCGACAGAGGACCUUUUUUCUGGCAUAUUUUAAACUAUUUCGAUUUGAGUAAGUUGGCCUAAUGUUGUGCAUACUUCUGAUUAUUAUUACUUCUACUUCUGAACACCUUUUUGUAGGGUAGGCCAGAAUCUUGUGUCCCAUUUCACUAAGAUUCAAGGUGGAUGUGCUGGAAAAAAAGGUGGAAAUUGUGGUGCGGGUAGUGUGGCAGGGACAGGGCAACUACUUGCAGGAAAAGCUGCUUAUAUAUGAAAUGAUGUCACAAUGUCAAAUGAUGUCAGUUACCGUACGUGUUUUCCGUUUUGCUAUUUCACAUGCUCAUGCCUACAGUAGUGUUUUUAGCAUAUAUUUUGAGAAGUCUGCAUGUUCUUUUCACAUUACCACAGAUUUUUUUUAAAAACUGGACAGACUCUACUUGAGUAAAUGCAGAAGCCCUGUUUGAUUGCAUUCUCUAAACUGAAGUGUGGCAAUGAGAGAUUCAGCCUGGCGUCAAUGUCAAUGUUUUUCCCUUCUGUGGAGUAGAAUAGGACAUAGCUUGACUCUUUCCUCUCAUUCAAAUAACUCAAGAUAUUAGAGAAAUGUAAUAUAAACUAGAGCAAUAAGAUUUACUCCCUCCCACUUAUGAUACACCUCAUUUUUAUGAAUCAACAAGAGAAAUGCAACAUUACUGACAAGAAUAUCUCGGUAUCAGUGAAAGUUGCAUGGUGUACAGAAAAUCCUGAAAAUGAUCAGGUAUAUAUUUAUUAUUACUUUCACAGGUGAGCCAUUUACGCUCAUCACAUACAGUUUUGGCAUUUGAUUUGUUCCCAUAAGAUGACUGAAUAGCAACAAUUAAAUUAUCCUGUGUCUAACAGUACUCUUAUUUAUUUGUGAAUUAUGAAUGCAGCCUUAUUUAUGAGUGUCAUGUUUUCUUUAUAUAAAAUCUUUUUCAUAAAUAUUGAUGGACACACCUUUUUGUAAAGCUGAAAUAACUGAAAACAACAAAGAAUUAACUACCAAAGUGAACAACAAUGAAUGUGUCUUGUGUAUUGUCAAUCAUUACUGCAUUCUAUCAUAUUUUAUAUUUGAAAUUGUUGUUGUCUUUGAUGUAACUGAUGGAGAAUUGAUGUGCUAAAAUGGUAUAUAGAGGCUUAAACAGUGCCAUUAUAUAGUGCCUAAUCUAAGUUAUUUGACAAGAAAGCUUAAUGAUAUAUUUCAAUACUUCCAUUCCUUUUCUGAGUAAUAAGCAUACAAGUACAUGCUUAUCUGUUCAGUUCAAAUAGACAAAAAUAGACAUAAACAUGAAUACCAGCUAAAUACCUGUUGUUGAGGUACAUAUUAUCAAAUGUGUGGCAAGAUAGAAAAUAGAGAGAGCAUACAGAUUAACUUUUGACAGUACCUAAUUAUCCACAGCAUCUCAUGGUAUAGCCUACCAAAUUUACAGACAGUAGAAGGCAAACAUUUGCAUGUGAGCUAUAGGCUACUCGAUUUGAAAUCAAUUUACAAUGAUUUUUACCUGAGAAGCCAAACACUGUUCACCACCAUAUAGAUAUAAAUGCAACAUUGAACACACAUUCACAUACAAAUAAAUGUGAACAUGUUAGACAGCCAUGACAUAUGUCUCUGUUAUGGUAAGUGACACGAUUAAAGUAGGCUAACACUAGUUUUAGACAGCAGAGUAGAACAUGGGAGGGAUUUUGAAUCUCAAAUGGGCCUUACUGCUGUGGUCUUGUGAUGUCCUAUAACUAGUCUGUUCUUUUUUAGUAAAAAAAAGUGUUACUUUGUUCUUGAAUCCCAAUGUUUUAUUAAGCAAAAUCCCCAGAAUGGAUGUAUGACGACGUAUGCACUGGUAUGGGAUGUGCCUUCAAAAAAGUGUAGACGCAAAUAGAAGCGGGGCCUUGAAGACAUUCGCAGUGCCUGGCGUUGAGCGUGCGGCCGUUUGUCACCUUAACUGUCUGUUACUGUAAUUUUAACUACAUUUACCGCCAAUUAAAUAUGCAAAGAAUGUUGUACUGGCCUAUUUUAACGAGAUAACUAAAAGUGUCUUUUUUUCCUUCUUACAACGGUAUGUCUGUUAUGUAGAAAAUCAAUGUAAAAACAUAUCUGUGCCAAAUGUUAACUUCUUCAAAUGUUCACAUGGGUCCAAUAAUAAAGGUUAAAAUAAAUUCAAA